AAGAGCCACAACCCAGUGCAAAGAUUUUAGUUUUACCUUCAAAAAUACGCAACGCCAACUGGUGUUGUUGCUUUUUCAACACAUGACAUCAAGUCCAUCUUUAUGAUAUUCUCUCUAUUAGCUUUUAAGGCGAAGCUGCCGUCAAACUGACGGGGUUUUAAUUUUUAAAGAAACACAACAAGCUGCUCUGAGGACAAGGAAGCCAACUGUCAACAAAGAGACCGCAGCUGCACGUUGCUGUCUGUGUUUUGCUCAGAGUGUCGCACUUUAACCGAACUGACCGGACAGCGUUAAUCAGGCCGACAUGACGGGGAUAACCUCUCCAGAGAAGGCGUCCGGCUCCAAGAAGAAGAGCGAGAGGAAGUCUGCCUGCAAAGAGGAGUACAGACAGCUGUCCAGCAUCAUGGGAGUCAUGAACAACCUGAGGAAACAGGGCACCCUCUGUGAUGUGACCCUGGUGGUUCAGGGGAAACACUUCCCUGCCCACAGAGUUGUGCUGGCAGCUGCAAGCCACUUCUUCAGCCUCAUGUUCACUACUAGAAUGAUGGAGUCGAUGUCCCAUGAGGUGGAGCUCAGGAGCGCUGAGCCCGAGAUCAUUGAGCUCUUGAUUGAAUUUAUUUACACAGCUCGAAUUUCAGUGAACAGCAGUAAUGUCCAAUCCUUGCUGGAUGCAGCCAACCAGUACCAAAUUGAGCCUGUGAAGAAGAUGUGUGUGGAGUUCCUCAAAGGACAGAUUGAUGCAACAAACUGCCUGGGUAUUUCAGCCCUUGCAGACUGUAUGGACUGUCCAGAGCUGAAAGCAGCAGCGGAGGACUUCUUCCAGCUGCACUUCACUGAAGUCUACAAAUUGGAUGAGUUCCUGCAACUGGACGUUACACAGCUCACAUAUCUACUGCAUCAGGACAAACUCACUGUCCGUGCUGAGGCCCAGAUUUAUGACGCAGCAGUGCGCUGGCUGAAGUACGACGUGUGUAACAGACAGCAGUACAUGGUGGAGGUGCUGGGGUGUGUUCGCUUCCCUUUGGUCUCUAAGACCUUCCUGUCUAAGACAGUGCAGGCGGAGCCCCUCAUCCAGGACAACCCACAGUGCCUGAAGAUGGUCAUCAGUGGGAUGCGCUACCACCUGCUGUCCCUGGAGGACCGCGAGGACCUGGGAGAGAGCAGCCGACCGAGACGGAAGAAGCACGACUACCGCAUCGCUCUGUUUGGAGGCUCCCAGCCACAAUCGUGCCGCUACUUCAACCCCAAGGACUCCAGCUGGACAGACAUCCGCUGCCCCUUCGAGAAGCGCAGGGACGCCACAGCUGUCUUCUGGGACAAUGUGGUCUACAUCCUGGGCGGGUCACAGCUCUUCCCCAUCAAGCGCAUGGACUGCUACAACGUCCUGAAGGACAGCUGGUAUUCCAAGCUGGGUCCACCCACACCACGUGACAGUCUGGCUGCCUGCGCUGCCCAGGGCAAGAUCUACACAUCUGGGGGGUCAGAAGUGGGUAGCUCAGCGUCUGACCUUUUCGAAUGUUACGACACAAGGACAGAGUCGUGGCAGGUGAAAACCAGCAUGCUGAUGGCCCGCUGCAGCCACGGCUCAGUGGAGGCUAACGGGCUCAUCUACGUCUGUGGAGGAACGGUGGGCAACAAUGUGUCUGGCAGGGUCCUCAACAACUGUGAGGUCUAUGACCCCAACACACAACAAUGGAGGGAGCUGUGUGGGAUGAGAGAGGCCAGGAAGAACCACGGGCUGGUGGUGGUCAACAACAGGAUCUAUGCUGUUGGAGGGCAGGGGGGACUAGGUGGACUGGACUCUGUGGAGUACUACGACAUUGCCAGUAAUGAGUGGCGUGCUGCCUCGCCAAUGCCGUGGCGAGGUGUGACGGUUAAGUGUGCAGCAGUCGGCGACGUUAUCUAUGUGCUGGCAGGGUUCCAAGGUGUGGGGCGGCUGGGACACGUCCUGGAGUACCACACUGACACCGACAGGUGGGUGACUUGCAGCAAGGUGCGAGCGUUUCCCGUCACCAGCUGCCUGAUCUGCGUGGUCGACACAUGUGGAGUCAACGAAGACGAAGACAUGGACCUCAUAGACUCUCAGUCACACACUGCGUCCGCCACCCCUCCAUCUUCUUCAACCUCAUCAUCCUCAUAGGACGAGAGGAGGUUUUUGUGUGUAUUAAGUUGUGACGUUUGAUGACAGUUGUGGCUGCCACUGCAUGGAGGCCUCCAAUAGAAUAUGGAGGAGAUGGUUUACAUGAUGCCUCAUGUAAACCAGACCUGGCUCUUCAGGAAGAGUCACCCAAGUCUAGACAGCUCAUGCAAGUGUGAAUAUGCAUAUUCACGUGUAUAUGUAGGUAGUUAUGUUAACUAUGUCGAGUGGCCAAAUUUAUCUUUAACUUUUAUCUGUACCUGAAAUGCAGGACCUAAUGUUAAAGUUCCGGUUGGACAGUAUCCACAAAUUUAUGUUUUAGGGGACAAGGAGACUUUUAAUGAGAGAGGUUUGUCUCAGGUUGGAUACACAGAUUGGUUUACCAAAAAAGGAGACAACUGAUGAAUACAGUCAGAGAAUUGAGAAUUUAAGUUCUUCACAUUUUAAAGACGUUUGUAAUUUUGUUUUUUUAGCUUGUGAGUUACGUACUGUUUGAGAGUGUAGAUAUACUGCAUUUAUGAAUCGAUGGGUCUUGGUUGUGUUGUGUUGUGUGCGUGUGUGUGUAUAUAUAUAUAUUUAAU